AUGGAUGAAGAAGCGAUAGCUACAGAACAUCUUUCCUAUGGAAAAGAUGAAUUGCAAACUACAAAUGAUGUAAUUCAGGAGGAUAAUUUAGGAACCAUAUCUAAUGCUACAGUUGAUGCAACCAGUCCAUUCAAUAAACAUGAUUAUUCGGUACUCGGUGAUGUUUAUCCGAUGAAACCAAAAAAGAGGAUUUCUCUAGGUGAACAUAAUGAAAAUACGACCAAAGAACUUAGAGAAAAUGCCAUUCUGGGGUCAGAAAAUUGGGAUGGCCUUUGCGGGAAAGAGAGCUCUCGGGAAAUACCGCUCCUUUCUGACCAUCGGAUAGAACCAGCGAAUAAAACACACAGUGUCCGAGAAGAAUUACAGGAUGACAUUACUCCAGAAAUCCAUAAAUCACAACUAGAGAUUGACAAACGAAGAUGCAACUUCAUGCCUUAUGACUGCAAUGAUUUUAAUGGCAGCUUUGCUUACAAUAACGUUAUCAAUAGCAUUAAUAAUGACAACGAAGGUGAUGUAAAAUACAGUGAUAAUAAUAGUGACAACACUGUUAACAAUAUUUUGGCCAAAGAAAGGAAUGAUAGUCCAUGGGCCGUCUUGUCGCCAGAUAACAUGAUAUCAAAUGGCGCUCAGUAUACCUCAUUGGCAAAACAAACCAGUGAUUUCGAAUUGAUCAGUCACAAUAAGGAUGCAUUUGCAACUUGGACAAAUGACUCUUCAGAUAAUGCUGAUAGCAGUUUGAAGGAUAACCCGACAAAAGAGGAAUCAUUGGAAAAUUCAACAAAAAAAACGGAUGAUGUCGGGAAAAUCUCGGAUAGGCUAGAAGCAUUCAAUAGGAAUAAUGAAGUAUCUAGUAUUCCUAUAAAAACUUCGAGGCCGAAAAUUGAAGAGACCGAAAUGCCAACAAAAGGAGUUGUAUCCAACUUGAAAUCCUUGUUUGAAAGCAACGCUGUGCACAACAGUAAUGACACCUGCAAAAGUGCAAACUACAAACUUGGCCAAAUAUGGAGUUGGUCGAUCAUCGGGUACUUUAAAUAA